AUGUCUGGUGCUUUGGAAGGUAUCUAUGAGCCCGGCGUGGUCGACCCCGGCUAUCCCUCAACUAAGGGAACUACCCCUUUCUGGCAUUCUCAACCACAUCCUCGCGCAAACCAUCAAUCAGAAUGGCCCCAGGGUGUUAUCGACGUUGUUAUUAUUAGUGCCGGCCUUACCGGGAUAAGCCUAGUACGAAACUUGCUAAAGAAGAAGCCAGGAAUUCGCAUCGUCCUAGUUAAUACUCGAUCACUCUAUUCCGGCGCUACAGGCCAUAACGGUAGUCACUGCAAGACUAUGACAUUUGCUAUAUGGGAGGAGCGAAAGCACUCAUUUAGUAUUAAAGAGGCCGUGCGUAUUUCGGCAUUUAAGCAUACACAUCUAGAAGCCAUAGCCACUGCAAUCCGUGAGGAUAGCAUUAAUUGCGAUCUAGUCCUCACGCAGGGCAUCGAGGCCUAUUACGACCAAAGGGACUUUGAGAAGGCUAUUGCCGGCCUCAAAGACAUACGUGCCCACGCACCUCACCUAGCAGAGAAGCACCAAGUCCACACAGAUCACUCAUACCUCCGAGACGUUCUCAAGUUAUCAUCCCGUGCUAUAGGCGCCAUCUCGAUUCCAGCAGCCUCUAUAUGGCCUUAUAAAUAG